GUUGUGAACAGUGAAUUUUGAGUCGAGUCAAGAGCAUGAUGGGAGAAGUGAUUCGGGUAUCUGGGAGGGCACCGGAUGUCGGGGAGUUUCUGAAGGAGGCGAUGGUGUCCCAGAGGUUCGCAGACGUCGCCCUUUGCUGCCCUGGUGGGCAACGAUUCCUCGCCCAUCGACUGGUCCUUUCUGCUGCCAGCCCUUACUUACAGGAGGUCCUGUUGGCGCACAGCAAAACAUCCGUGCAUUGCGAGCCGAUCACAGUGAUCCUCGCGGAGGUCGAGGCGCCGGAACUCGCGGCGAUCCUCGGUUUUGUCUACACCGGAACCGCGACGGUUCCACGUCCCCGUUUGAACGCGUUUCUGCACGCCGCCGAAGCGCUUCACAUCCGUCUGCCACCGGUCCCGUUGAUGAUGACCUGUCCCCGAGCCGAUUGCAAACAGGAGGACGUCAAAGACGUGAAGAUCAGCCCGCAGUACUUUGGUUGUGAUCAGUACCCAUGUCGCGAUCACUGGUACCAGACCACGAAGGAUCCUGAUGUAGAUCCUGCUGGUAAAGUGGAGGAAUCCUAUUCGGGGAUCGAGUCCUUGGAAACACGGCGAGAAAUCGGACCGACGUUUCCUGAAUCGAUGAACUUUCCCGCGUCGAGAUACGGGGCGGGCAGAUAUUGCUCUGGAACCUGGCCUGUUCCCGUCGCUUUCGUAAAUGUCAGCCCAGAGAAGAGUGUUCGCUGUGUAGUGGAUCAGCCUUUGGAUAAGGAUCAUCUCCAUCAGACGGACGUCAGACGGUAUCAUUCUGUCCCAGCGGUCCCGAGGAUCGGCAGGGUCGGCGAUGUUAUUGGGACCAGAACGGAGAACCUACAUUCGAGCUGCGAUUCAUCCGCGAAGCAACAAGAAUGUUGCUUCGCUAGGAGUGUCUACGAGGUUCAUAGACAGCUGGAUCCUCUGGAAUCGCGAAUGCAAACGGAUCAGAAUCGUAAUACCGAGAACGAGAGUAUUACUGGGGGAGAACUGACGCGUGGCGGUCGACUCGAGGAUCGUAUCAGUGUGAUCCAUUCACGGACUGGUCCAUGUCAGACAGUACCAUCGUCUCUGGAACUAACUGAUAGGAUGGGUUCGUACGAGAAAUCGGAUCACGGGGAGGAUCUGACGUGCGGGGAUAGCUGUCUCAGGUGGAGAACCCCGCCGAAAAGGCACGUGGCCAAUCGCGUAAUUGCUUCUCCGUGGAGACAGACCGCCAGGCCUUAUCACCUGCCCAAGCCGCAGCCUAUCGUGCUGCAACCGCACGCGGACGAUGUCGAGAUCGGGGAGAGCCAGCGUCCACCGGAAGCACCUCAGCCGGCGGCGACCUCUUGUAGUCCUAAGUACCCCAAAAACAGGAGUCAUUACUACACCGUCGAGGUGCCUGGUAGCCGUGAGAUCGCCUACAACGUUGGUCCAGGCCCGUUGGAUCUGAAUUCUGAUCCUGCGACGAGAAACCAGGAAUUUUAUCCGCCACAGAUCCCAUACUCGACCGUCACGCAGGCUGGUCCAUUGGUGGCUGGCGAGGUCCCGAACAGCGAAGCAAUUUUACAGCCGCAAAACAACGUUGUCUCGACCACGACCAGGCCAACGUUGGUCAAUAACGAGAAUGUUCAGUCGAAUGUCAAUAGAAAGACCAUCCACUUCGGUCAAGUUCGUCCUCGUUCAUCCCAGAAGCCUGAAAUCUCUCAUCCCGUCAGCAGACUCUGCGACACGAUCGAGAGCAACGAUAAAGGGGAUCGUUUCACGUGUCUGGAUGUCGAUAGACGAGGGGAUAAGGAACAGAGGAACGACGAUAAACUUACAGAGAGGGUUAUUGUAAACAGCGAUAACAAUAACAACGAUGCCAUCGUGAGCAAUGACGUUCCGCAACGUGGGAGGCAUGCCGCUGGCCAGGAGAGCCAUAGAUGCGAUCAGUGCGGGAAGACUUUCGUUACCAGGGCGUCCCUCAAGGUGCAUGUCAGGACCCAUUCGGGUGAAAAGCCGUUCCGUUGCGCGGACUGCGGCAAACAAUUCUCCCAGCUACGGAACUACAAGUACCAUCGUAGCGUGCACGAGGGCACCAGGGAGUUCGCGGCCACCUGCCCGGAAUGCGGCAAGUACUUCAACGACCGUGGCUACCUGAGCUCGCACAUGAAGAUCCAUCGGAAUCGGAAGGAGUACGGUUGCGCGGAAUGCGGGAAAAGCUUCAAUCAACGAGUUGCGUACAACAUGCACGUACGGAUACACACGGGCGUAAAACCCCAUCAGUGCGAGCAAUGCGGCAAGGCUUUUUCGCGCAAAAUGCUGCUGAAACAACACCUGAGGACCCAUUCCGGGGAACGUCCGUAUCAGUGUCAAGUUUGCCAGAAAGCUUUCGCCGACCGUUCGAACAUGACCCUGCACACCAGACUGCACUCGGGAUUGAAACCGUAUCAGUGCCAUCUGUGCACAAAAGCGUUCACCAAGAAGCACCAUCUGAAGACGCACCUAAACUACCACACGGGGACCAAGCCGUACUCGUGCCCGAAUUGCGGUCUGAGAUUUUCCCAGAGCAGCAACAUGAGGACACACUACAAGAAGUGCACGGUGAAGAAUCCCGAGGCAAAGGAUUCGAGGAUCGAGGGUAGCAUCGUGGAGGCGAAUACUGGCCAGGUGAGGAUAAUCUCGAGGACACCUGCGGACACCCUGACGCCGCCGAAUUCGGAUCAGGAACUGACUAUAUUGACGCCUAUAUCGAAGAAUCCGAUAGAGGCUGGCGGGACGUAGUGGUUGGAGGGAUUUUA